UGUAUUGUUGUCAAAUAUUUCGUUGAAACUGGGGAAUCCAUUCCGGAAUGUCUUAGUUGUCCCACUAAGGUGUCAACCCGCGUUGACGUAGGUGCACGUGAAUUGAAGAUGAAUCUUUUCACUAAUUAAUAUUCCAAUGGUGCAAUUUGAACGCACCCGAUCAUCAAAUUAAAAAGAGACGCAAUUUUUUUUAGUUCAUUUUAUGCGGCUGUUUGUCUAGUCCUGGAUGGAAAUUGACAGUGAAUUAUUGUGUAAGUGGAAGCUGUAACUGACAAUCGAUGAGACCAGAGACUCUGCUUAUGACAAUUCACUUCAGCCCAGCUGUUGCUGCGAUACAACUCUGAUUGAAGGUUGGAGUAAAUUUCAAGUUAAUAUUGCACUCUCCUUGUAUCAAAGGGACUGCAAUUAAGAAUUACCGAGAGGCUUUUAUCGAUAAAUUUACUCCGAACUCUUCAUCAUGUUCUGGUGGAUGAUCACUACUUUGGUUAUGUUGCUGUACGCUGUGGUGGUUACUAAAGCUGUGGGACUGCUGAAGUGGACACGCGACACACCCGGAUUCGAUUAUACGGAUCCAGACUCGUGGAAAGAUGAUUUCCCGAUCUGCAACAGAUACAGGCAAUCCCCCAUCAAUCUGAAUCCCGACUAUUUCCGAUAUGUCGCGGAUGCAUCGCCACUUAGGUGGGUGGGGUUUGAUGAUGCACCUGAAAAUAUGACGAUUUCUAAUAAUGGCCAUACGUUGACAUUGUCUGCGUUUUGGCCUCCGAAUGCGAUACCUUACAUUAUUGGUGGUCCCCUCCACAGCGAGUACAUAUUCACGCAAUUACAUUUUCAUUGGGGUGAGGACAACUCAGUCGGAAGUGAGCACACCGCUGACGGCUCUAGUUUCCCCUUGGAGAUGCACAUGGUCCACUGGAAGAGAUCCUACGGCUCCUUCGAGCAGGCCCUGAGGCACUCCGACGGAUUAGCAGUUGUUGGAGUAUUCUUUGAGAUCGAUAAUGAUCGGAAUCGGGUCGCACCACUGAACAUGAUUUUCGAUCACAUCAGAGAAGUCAAGGAAGUGAAUUCCGAAGUGACUGUGAUACCUUUUCCCCUCACGAUUUUCGAGGUGGUUGGUGCACGAAUCUCAUUCAUGACGUAUAUGGGGUCUCUGACAACCCCACCCUGCUAUGAAGCCGUCAUCUGGAUCGUUUCCAAUUUCGUGCCGCCUGUAUCAAGUUCACAAAUGCAUGAACUGAGAAUAUUGAAGUUGCAUCACGACGGUCGUCGCAAUUAUAGGCCGAUACAGCCCCGACACGACAGAAGUAUAUAUUUCUUCGUAAACGAUGUAUAAUAAGUGGAGGAUUAUUUGACACACCUGAAAUCAUUUGAGACACUUCACAUCCAUUUCCUCACCCUCAGCCCUUCCUCGCCGGAGAACGUGAGCAAGCACCAUUUGUUGUUCCCCUGAAAUAUUAAUUCCACCAGAACAAGUACGUUUAUCCACCCCCAGGAGUCACGCGAGUUCUGAAUUAUUGAGACCUCCACCAGACGAAUGAAUUUUUCAAUUCCACGACCAUAAGAUGAAAGUGGUAUAAAAUAUACCGAGCACCUAAUUCACAACAUUUCAUUGCAAUUGUCAUCUAUUUCGACGAAUCCUCUCUCUCAAAGGAUUGCCCUUAUUCAUUUCUGUAAGAGGACAGUACAAAAAAAUUUAUUCGUUCAAAAAUAUCACUGUUUACUGGGAAUUAAAUAAAAAAUGGAGGCUAGAAAAUCUGAACAGGAAAUCUGACAAGUCCUUCGGAUAAAAAAAAAUUAUAUUGCCCUAUGAUAUGUCAUUAGACCAGAUCUUUUCGACCCCCAAAAUUUCACCUACCAAUCAUCCCCCUCCCCUGUCAAUUCAAUCACCCCCAUCCACCCACCACCCAAGUGUGACACAGCUUCAUCGUUAUUCCAAGUCACGAUGAAAUUUUGAAUCUCAGUAAAUCAACGGUACCUCCCUAAUCGGAUAAUAAUUUACCAGGUAAUUCGACGUGAUCCCCGGGACAAUUUAGCAUUCCUAACCUACACCAUCUCUUCAUCCCCUCCCCACCCUUUCCCUGGCAAUGCAACCCCCCAAUUCCUCACCUCUCUCCACCCGUGCAAGCGUCACAGCAUCACACAUCGCUAACUAACUCUAUAAUCCCCCUUUCCCUUCCUUCAGGGACAGUGGUUGUACCCUUUCUGCGCUCCUGGCAGUACGUGACCGCAUACCUUCCCUCCCCCUCCGUUCAUCCCAUCCCUCAUCACUUGGUCCCUCACAGUAGCCCCGUCCUCUGGACGUAUCAUCCCUCCGUCUCACUCUUCUCGCAAUUCAGCUGGAUUCACCGUCUCUCAAUUCCCUCGGUAUUUUGCAACCCAGUUACCCCCUCACUCCUCCCCCACACCCACUGCCACCCAUUCACUCUCACUCCCUUCAUCCCCUCACUCCGUUGCUGCACAGUUUUGUGCAAUCAGUUCCCAUAAUGCCGCGAUUCAGGCUUCAUCAGAGCGGCCAUUUUCCUGACACCCCUUAUUACCGCCAUUUUGUCGACGGUCCACCGACGAGGCGCACCGUUACACCCGGCAUACACGUUCGUCAAGCAGAUUUCCAAACGCACACAUUGAAAUUUCGGCGGCUGUGUGUGCCCCAAGAGUUUGAUGAUGAAGAGCAUGAGGCAGCACGUACAGGAGGGUAGGAGGAGUUUCGAGGGGGUUGUGCGGAGGAGGAUGUGGAAGACGCCCGAUUGCCGUGGAGACGGGUGGGUACCCCGUGUGGUCACGUGGGAGAAAUUUCGAGGCAAAGCGAUUCAUCGAGGUGCGCUAGUGGGUCUCCAUCUCGUACACCGCUCGGGGGCUAGAUUUGAGGCCUGAUGCAAUUAACGAUGCAUUGUUUGCCAUCAUGCCACGACGCUGACAUGGUGGGUUCUGUCGUUACUGGUGAUAAACGCAAGUCCCGAGGAAGAGCUGAAGACAGUUUGAGGAAGCCUUGGUUAUGCUGAUGCUGGACUUUUGGGUUUCGGUGAUUGUGAUGAGGGGAGAUGGGACAGGGAUGAAAUGAUUUUCAUUAUGUAGUGGGAGACAAAUCGAUAUCCGUAAUAAUAAUAAUAAUAAUAAAGAGGAAUAAUAUACCAGUUGACUACCGAAAUUUUCUCGCCUCUCCAUAACUAUGAAUUGACGAGAAUUGUGAUGCGGACCAAUGGAAGAGUCCGACAAAAAAAUGGCAGAUAAGGAGUCAUUCGGGAUGAGUGAUGGCUUUUGAUGAGAAUCAAAGAGUGUAGAAGCU